AUAGAUCGCCCACAUCACCAUUGUUGCCCUCCAAAGAUUCCUCGACUCUCUCCUAUAAAUACUCUCUCAACUUCACACUCUUUCUUCAUCCGUCACAAUUGCAGAAUUCCUCUUCAGCUCUCUGUAUUAAAUCUCUCUGUGUGAGCUCUGUUUUCCAUUAAUAAUGUCCAGCAUUGGAGAUAAGUACCCAACUAUGAAAACCCAAAAGAUACAAAAUGGAGCUCAAGUUUGCCUCAGAAUCUUAACGAUCGCGACUACAUUGGCUGCGACAUGGUUGGUUUUCACUGAUAAGCAAACCAUUGAAAUAUUUGGCUUGAAAAUGGACGCUCGAUAUAGCUAUUCCCCUGCUUUCAAGUUCUUUGCUUAUGCAAACGUCAUUGCAUGUGUGUUUUCUGCUCUGUCCUUGUUGACAUUUUUCAUUAUUUGCCGUCAAGGAUCAAAACCCAACUCGCAUUUCUUCUUGUUCCUCCACGAUCUGUUGAUGAUGGCGAUGGUGCUGGCGGGAUGUGCGGCGGCGACGGCGAUAGGGUACGUUGGGCAGUUUGGGAAUAGCCAUAUUGGAUGGUUGGCCAUAUGCGAUCACUUCGGCAAAUUCUGUCAUAAACUGAUUUGCUCUAUCGCGCUGUCUUUCGUCUCCGUUCUGUCCCUUCUGGCGCUUACUAUUAUGUCGGCAGUCAGGUCUAGACAUAUUCAGGCUUAGAAAAUUAGAAUCUACACUGUUUCAAUCCAUGUGUGAGAAAGUAUGGUUGUAAUGUUGUUUGUUAAUGGUUUGCGACUGAUGAAUUGGGUGUAUUUGUGUAAUCAUUGUGGCUGUGUAUUAAGUUAAUUGAAGCCAAACAAGCUCACUACUGUUUUCUCA